AUGGAAGAAGCUCCUGGGACAGCUAUGGUGGCCCGGGCCGAGGAUCGACGUCGUCCUACAGAGAAAAUGCAAGGGGCCGUCCGUGCACACCCAGGCACGCGCGCUGACCCUGCUGCUCCCCUGCAGGUGGACCCCCUCCGGCAGGUAUGCCUGGUGCAGUUUGAGGACGACUCCCAGUUCCUGGUCCUGUGGAAGGACAUCAACCCAGCGGCCGUCCCGGGUGAGGAACUCUCCUGCUGCGUCUGCCGUUCAGAGGUCUCCAGCCCAGAGAAUCGCCUGGUGAGGUGUGAGAAAUGCAGCCACGCCUACCAUCAGGAAUGCCACCUGCCCCGGGUGCUCAGCGACGCUGCCUGGACGUGCAGGCAGUGCGUCUUUGCGGUGGCCACCAAGCGGGGUGGGGCCCUCAAGAAGGGGCCGUACGCCAAAGCCAUGCUGGGCAUGAAGCUGGUGCUGCCCUACCAGCUGAAGUCGCUCGAUUGGGAUGCUGAACACCUCACCAACCGUCAGCAAUGCUACUGCUACUGCGGAGGCCCCGGCGAGUGGAACCUCAAAAUGCUGCAGUGCUGCCGAUGCGGCCAGUGGUUCCACGAGGCCUGCACCCAGUGUCUGAGCAAGCCUCUCCUCUACGGGGACAGGUUCUACGUUUUUGAAUGCUGUGUCUGCACCCGAGGCCCCGAGAGCGUUCGGCGCCUGCCGCUGCGUUGGGUGGACGUGGCCCACCUCAUCCUCUACCAUCUCAGCAUCUGCUGCAAGAAGAAAUACUUUGAUUUUGAGCGAGAAAUUCUGCCUUUCGCCAGCGAGAACUGGGACAGCCUCCUGUUGGGAGAGCUCUCAGAGACGCCCAAAGGGGAACGGUACAGCCAGCUGCUGAGUGCCCUGACCAGCCACAAGGACAGAUUCAUCUCCGGGAAGGAAAUCAAGAAGCGCAAGGGCCUCUUCGGGCUGCACCUGCGUGUCCCACCUCCCGCCCCCCAAGCCCCAGAGAGCCCCAGGUCACCCCUCAUCUCCGGGAGCAGCUUGCUUUCAGGGCAGGGCAGGCGUGGGAAGGGGCUCGAGCGCCGGAGGGACAGGCGGCGCCGUCCAGGCCUGAGGGCAGCCUUGAGCACAGAGCAGCGCAGCGCCAAGGAGACCAAGGAGAGGGAGCGGCUGGACAGGGCCCUUACUCAGGAGGUGGUGCAGAGCCCGCUCAGCCCUAACCAGAGCUAUGGCGGCUACGGCGGCACCUGCAGCACGUACAACUUCCGCCGCACCGAUGCCCGCUGCCAGGACAGUGCCCCGAUCCGGAUGUUUGCCUCCUUCCAUCCCUCGGCCAACACCGCAGGGACCUUGAGCAGAAGCGGCGAGCCCCCCCUUGACCCUUGUGCUGCAGCCACCCCCGCCGCAGAGCAGCAGAGUCCGGAGCGGCAUGCCCCCGCGUUCCUGCCCUGCCCAGCGCCUCCCCCCAAAUGCCGAACCGCGUCCCCG